AUGGCAGGAAUAUCAUGGCUGCCCUGCAUUUUGGAGAAAGAGCACAUGCUGAUGUAUGACAAAAUCACAGCAGGGAGCAUGUGUUACUUUCGACUCAGCUUGCCAACUUAUCAGGAAGGCAUUUGGCAUACUCAGAUUUGGAUUGCAGAAGAGGAACAGCUUCCACAUCUUGCUGGUCCUUCUUCUGCUGUUGGAGACCUGCAUGGACGAAGUCCAAAGGAGGAAGAAGUGGAAGAUAACUCUUAUCUUUUCUGUAAACAGGAGAUUAAUGUGACUGUGGUAAGUCAGUUUUGCCUCUUAGGAUUUAAUAUUAGCCAAUAUUUAAGAAUUUCCCUGUUCUGUCUUCUCCUGGUGGUUUACUGUGGGACAAUAUGUGGGAACCUCCUGAUCAUCAUCCUGGUGUCCAUCAGCAAGAACCUCCAGUCUCCAAUGUACUUCUUCAUCUCACAACUGUCCAUCGGUGACAUCUUAUUAACAACUGAUAUUGUCCCCAACCUGCUCCAUAUCCUACUGAAUAAUGGGGGAAUCAUUCCUUUUAUUGACUGUAUCACUCAAUUCUAUAUUUUUGGUUCUAUAGAAACAUUAGAAUGUUUCCUCCUCACAGUGAUGUCUUAUGACAGAUAUAUGGCCAUCUGUAAUCCCCUUCAUUAUACUUCUAUCAUGACAGCUCAAUUUUGUGUGAAAAUGGGCAUUAUUUGUUGGUUCUAUGGAUUUUCCAUUAAUGCAAUUUACACUAUAACAACAGCAAAUCUAACCUUCUGUGGCCCAAAUAUCAUCAACCAUCUAUUCUGUGAUAUUCUUCCAUUACUAGAACUUUCCUGCUCUGACACCUCCAUUGUUCAUUUAGAGAUGUAUUUCAUAGGCUUUCCAAAUGUCUUCAUUCCAACAACAAUUAUUGUAUUGUCUUACACUUGUAUUGUUUUAGCAGUCUUAAGGAUCCCAUCCAGUACUGGUAGACGGAAAGCCUUCUCCACCUGUAGCUCCCACCUCAUUGUGGUCUCCAUAUUCUACUGGACUCUUUUUAGUGUUUAUGUUGUCCCAACAAAAGGUCUGACGCUCUCUAUGAGCAAAAUCUUAUCACUGCUAUAUACAGUGUUUACACCUUUCAUCAACCCUAUUAUAUACAGUCUGAGGAAUAAUGAAAUUAGAAAAGCUGUGAAGGAAACACUUCAUAGGCUUAUGGGCUGGUAA